AUGAACCUCGUGGGCAGCUACGCACAUCAUCACCACCACCAUCACCAUCACCACCCGCACCCCGCGCACCCCAUGCUCCACGAACCCUUCCUCUUCGGCCCGGCGUCGCGCUGUCACCAGGAACGGCCCUACUUUCAGAGCUGGCUGCUAAGCCCAGCUGACGCUGCCCCGGACUUCCCCGCUGGGGGGCCACCGCCCACAGCCACAGCAGCCGCCGCCGCCUACGGCCCAGACGCCAGGCCAGGCCAGAGCCCUGGGCGGCUAGAGGCGCUCGGCGGCCGUCUGGGUCGGCGGAAAGCCUCGGGACCCAAGAAGGAGCGAAGACGUACAGAGAGCAUCAACAGUGCGUUCGCCGAGCUGCGUGAGUGCAUUCCCAAUGUGCCGGCGGAUACCAAGCUCUCCAAGAUCAAGACUCUGCGCCUGGCCACCAGCUAUAUCGCCUACCUGAUGGAUGUGCUGGCCAAAGAUGCACAGGCUGGAGAUCCCGAGGCCUUCAAGGCUGAACUCAAGAAGGCCGAUGGCGGCCGCGAGAGCAAGAGGAAAAGGGAGCUGCAGCAGCACGAAGGCUUUCCUCCUGCCCUGGGCCCAGGCGAGAAGAGGAUUAAAGGGCGCACCGGUUGGCCACAGCAAGUCUGGGCGCUGGAGUUAAAUCAGUGA